AUGCCCUCGGACGCCUCCAUCUACGCCCCGCUCGCUUCUCGCGACGCCCUCCUCGCCCGCAAGCUCGCUCUCAAGUCCACCAUUCGCAGCCUCAAGGCUGAUGGCGCUCCCGAGCCAGCCGUCCAGCGAGCCUUCGAAGAGUACAUGACGGUCAAGUUGGCGAUCGAGGCGCUCGAGGCUCAGCCUCUUUCUUCGGCGCCGUCUGCGGCCAGUGCACAAACAGCAGCCGCGGCAGCGGCAUCUUCCACCGACUCACCGCCUGUCGACCACGUCGACGAUGCCAACUCGUCGUCGUCCGACGAUCCGCAGUCUGACGACCCGCAAUCGGGCAACAACGCUGACGAGCUCGAGCCCGAACUCGAUGACCUCGACGACCUGCUCCCGGCCUCGUCAUCCUCUUUUGCUGCCAUCGACCCUGCAGCGCUCACCGGCCCGUCAGCAGUGGCCUCGGCAGCGCCGGCAGCAUCGACAUCGCCUGUGCCGUCGCCGUCGUCGUCGCCGAGCCGCCGCAAGCGCAAGCCGCGGUCCCAGCGCGAGAAGAUGCUCGGCACCAUCUACGCGCUCGGCGCCGAGCUCGCGCCGUACCAGGGCCCGCUCCUCGUCCGCUCCAAGGCCCUCUUUGGCGGGCCCUCCCUUGCCGAGCGGCACUGUGUCGUCGGUGCAGACGCCUUUGUCAUUUACCGCUCGGCAGACCAUCGCAAGGUUGUCGCCUCCAUCCCGCUCCGCGGCGCUCUCUUUGUACCCAAGACCCGCAAGACCGCCCUCGGCUUCAAGCUCUACUCGCGCGGCAAGUACCACCGCUUCUUGUUGCCCGAAGCCUCCGCCACCAACAACCGCCUCGCUACUUGGGGUGCCGCCAUUGUCACCGCCAUCGACGCCCACGCCGUCGACAUUGCAGACUCGCUCACCCUCCCGCACCCGCCCGUCGCCGCCUCGGGCGUCGUCCACGCCGUUGGCUGGCUCAAGGUCCGGCAGCAGAAGCACUGGCUCUGGCGCUUUGCCGUUCUCACAGACGACUCGUUCUCCUUCACCGAGGAGGCCGUUCUGGACUCAAGCGCACUCGCCGUCGUCUCGGACAUGCUGCUCGCCGGCCACGGCCGCCGCUCACGGCCGCCCACCCGCACUUUCCGCCUCUCCGAGUCGCAGCUCGUCGCCAUCUCCGCCCCCAAGUUUGGCGAAAAGUACGUCUUUGCUCUCGCCUCGCCCCGCGGCCACUCGAUGUACAUUGCGUUUCCCACUUCAGCUCGCCGCUCCUUUUGGCGCCACCUCGUCGAGCCUGCCAUCGUCGACGCCACCAUCCGCCGCGUCGCACGCUCCGACCUCCGUAUCCGCGCCGAGGUCCGCCCCGAUGCUGCCGCCGACGCCGCCACUGAAGACUCGGACCAACCCGCGUCUUCUACAUCAUCGCCCCUCGCCACGUCGACCUGGCUCGACGGCUCCACCUCGAUCUUUGCCACCCAGGGUCUCGCCAUCGCCCUUGUCUUCUCGCCGCUCGGCAUCCGUGUCCGCCCCGCCGACAAGCCUGCGGUCAUCGACUCGUUGGCCGACCCCUCUGCUGGUGCCGGCACCGCGCCCGUCACCACCGCCACCGAGCUCCCGGCGCUUAUUCCCUACGCCGCCCUCGGCGAUGUGCUCCUCGGCUCUUCGCACGCCCCGCCUUCGGCCGACCCGCCGCCCGCGCCCGUCGCCAUCUCUGUCCGCGACGCCACCACCGGCACCAUGUGCGAGCUCUGGCUCAAGUCGCCUUCGGCCUGGCUUCUCGAGAACAUCGUCCACAACAUCCGCCUCUACUUUGCACGCCCCGCCCAAGUCACGCCCUAA